AUGAUCAGAAAUCAGCGUCGACUGCUCGUUGAUCCGCUGCUGGGCAGCCUCGAUCCUGUCCUCCGACAAACUGUCCAGCUUCAAACGGUUCAGUCUGCUUCGGACACUGUCGAAAAACAUGUUUGUCCGAUUAAUAACCUGUUCAAACGUCUGAAUCUUGAUCUUGAGAUCGUACUCUGGCUUCCAGAACAACUGGAACUGUGGAGAAACCAAAUCCAGCAUCUCCACCUCGGAAUACUCCAUCCGCACUGCAAGGUUCUGGAAACUGAAGUAGUGGAUCUGGUCACGGUAGAAAUCGUGCACACAGGUGGCUCCCUUUACCUUCAUUCCACGACACCAGAAAGAAAGCUCCAAAUACUUUCCAAAGGAGUACUUCCAGGCAUUGUCGCUCAAUGGAAGCACAGCAGUCGAGUUCUGACAUAUCUUGCAAAAACUCCAUGCCAUGAUCAUGUUUUCGCGUCCUUGUAG